AUUUUGUUUUGAUAUUUGGACUUGGGCGUAAUGUCGUCUAUGAACUUCAAUUUUGUUGAAAAAUGUCAAAGAAGAGAAGAAUCAAGUAGAUAUGCUAGAAAAUUUCAACGCUCAAGUAUUAUCAAUCAUUCCUUGAUUAAGAAAAUUGGACUUAAAACUGAACUAGAAGGCCAUAAAGGAUGUGUCAAUUGUUUAGAGUGGAAUAGCACAGGAGAUGUUCUUGCAAGUGGUUCAGAUGAUUAUACAAUUAAAUUGUGGGAUCCAUUUAGAUAUCGCAUGUUGAAUUCAAUGACAACUGCUCAUACAGGGAAUAUUUUUUCCGUAAAGUUUAUGCCUGAAACUUCAGACAAUACAAUUAUAAGUGGAGCUGCUGAUCACAAUAUUAAUGUUCAUGACGCCUACAUUGGCGAAACAGUUAGGAUUUUUUCUGAACAUCAAAACAGAGUGAAAAGGUUGGCAACAGCACCACUCGAAAGAGAUAUUUUUUGGAGUGGGUCGGAAGAUGGGACAGUAAUGGAAUUUGAUUUGAGAUGCAAUUAUAAAGAUGAUUCUCAUAAAACUGUACUAAUUAACUUAAGUGCUUAUUGUAAUAUAAAAAGCGAAGUGAAAAGUAUCAAUAUUAAUCCCCUGAAACCUUAUGAGUUGGCUGUUGGUGCGAAUGACCCGUUUGCUCGGAUUUAUGACAGACGAAAACUUAAAAAAUAUAACUUUGAUCUCCCAAGAAAUACUGCCUCUUUCAGCAAAAGUUAUUCUGAUAAUCUUAUAAAUUCCGAUAGUUAUAAAAUAGAUGAAAAUGCUGUUAGUUAUUUUGUACCAAGACAUCUAAUGGAGGAUGACGGUUGCUGUAGAAGGGGGAAAAACUUAACCAUUACGUACUUAACUUUUAGUCCGAAUGGUCAAGAAUUAUUAGUGAAUUUGGGAGGUGAACAAGUUUAUUUGUUUAAUACGAAGGACCAAAGUGAGGAUAUUCUUUUAAAAGUUGGAAAUUUAAGGGAAAAAUGCUUUAGUCCUAUUGAUAAUGAUGAGAAAUUUGAGUUGAAUUCUCUCAUGAAAAUGAAGCACGUUACAUUGAAGAGUAAUUCUCUAAAAGAGGAAGCGGAUAGGCAGAAUUCCAUCAAGGAAUAUUCCAAAGCUAUAAGAUUGUACAAUGAAGCCAUAAAACUCUCGCCAUCAACUCCUAUUUUAUAUUGUAACAGAGCUACAGCUCUCAUGAAUCGUGAUUGGAAUGGGGAUCUAUAUUCUGGUUUAAGAGACUGUGUUAAAGCAUUAACCCUAGAUAAAACGCUUAAAAAAGCUUACUUUAAAAUAGCAAAGAUUCUUCUUACUCUUGGAUGGCAUAAGGAGGCGGAAGAAUGGACAGAUGCUGUCUUUAAAAAAUACGUAAAAAGUGAAGCUGGACCACUUUUUGAGUCACUUCGAAAGGAUAUUAAUACGGCUAAAAAGGAGGCUGAAAAAGAACCGAGAAGAAGGAGGAAGUCAGAAGAUGAAUUUUGUAAACUGAAUAAACAAGAAACAGUAUGGAGAAAUAAAUCAAUUGAUUUCCAGAAUCGUUAUUGCGGUCAUUGCAAUACUACUACAGAUAUAAAAGAAGUCAAUUUUUGGGGCUCGAGUGGACAAUUUGUUAUGGCUGGAUCGGACGAUGCGAAAAUAUUUAUUUGGGAUAGGAAAACUGAAAAUCAACUUAUUACCCUUUCAGGAGAUGAUUCCAUUGUUAAUUGUUUACAACCACAUCCCUACACAUGUCUUCUUGCUAGUUCUGGUAUAGAUCCUGUUGUAAAGCUAUGGGGUCCGCUAUCGGAAAAUGAAGAAAAUAAAUAUUUGAUUACUGACAGUGAUAAGGUUGCAAGUGAAAAUCAAAAGCGAAUGAAUUCUGAUCCACUAGAAACAAUGCUGCUUAGUAUGGGGCAGAGUAUAAGAUAUUUGGAAAGACAAGAAAGUGAUGAGGAUCAGAGAGCUACCUAUCCUUGUAGACCUAGCUGA